AUGCUUCAGUCUCUCGAAAUGAAGUAUCUGGUUUUCUUAACAGUCUUAGUCCUUUCAAGCGGCGCACCCACUUACGGGCCCCCGAGGGCUUCCGGAUAUUCAGGCAGCGGGGGUUCAGGAUAUCCAAUUGGAGGUCCAAGAUGUAAACAAGGAGAAGUCGUGCAUGCAGAUGGAUCCUGUGUUGUUCCCGAAAUAUCUCAAACUGUUUUCGUGUUCGACGGUCCGGAAAAAAACGAGAAACCAAGUGGCUCGCCCCCAUACCUUCCUCCGCCGAAGGUGCAACGAAGCAUUCUCUUUGUAAAUCUUCCCGAGCAGGAUGCCGGACCUGACCCUAUCAUUCUUCCUCCGCCAAGGCAAGAGAGCGUCGUGUACGUCCUCAACAAAGGUAAAGGAGAAGAGGGACAGAAAGUCAUCGAAGUUACUCCUCCUCCAACCUCAUAUCCUGAGGUCUACUUUGUCAAUUAUGAAGAAGGGGAUAAUCCUGUACUUCCUCUUGGCGUGGAUCUUCAGACUGCGCUCAGGGCAGCUGCUGAAGCUAGAGUUCAAGGCGCCACUGGUAGCGCAGCAUUUGGCGGAGGCAGUGCUGGUGUUAUUCGAGGUGGAGGAGUAAGUGGAGGGAAUAGGGGCCUUAGCAGCGGGGCAUACAGGUCUCCUAGUAAUGCCGUUGCGGCUCCAUCCACUUCCUAUAGAACACCGUGA